CUUCCUUGGAAGAAGCUCAGAAACGUUUAUCAUUGUUGUCAUUUCUUGCAGGAUUGACACAUCUGGUGUCAUAGCAAGGGUAAAAGAUCUAUUUAGAGGAGAUAGAGACCUAAUUAUGGGUUUCAAUACCUUUUUUCCGAAGGGAUACGAGAUCACCCUACCACAGGAAGAUGAACUAAUUCCCUUGAGGAAACCCGUUGAGUUUGAUGAAGCAAUUAAUUUUGUUAACAAGAUAAAGGAUAGAUUUCAAGGUGAUGAUUAUGUAUAUAAAUCUUUUCUCGACAUUUUAAACAUGUAUAGAAAAGAAAGUAAAUCAAUAUCAGAGGUUUACCAGAGCGUUGCCUCUCUUUUGCAUCAACACCCUGACUUACUUGAGGAGGUCACCCAUUUUCUACCUGACACUUCUGCCGCCACCCGUGCCCGUUAUAACUCCAAUAGAACACAUGCCUUGCACUGGGAUGUUGAAAGUUCUCCAUUAACAAGGGGGAAACCCUUGAAUGAUGAAAAGAAGGCCAUUGCUUCACAUGCUGAUUAUGACCUCAGUGAGGAUCAGUCUGACCCAGAACAUGAGAAAACCAUGCUUAGGGCUGACAAAGAGUUAUACAGACGUGUGGAAAAGGAAAAAAAUAGACGAAGAACAUAAUGGGAAAAGGGUAGAAAGGAAUUCAGUGACGGAUAACUUUCAUCAAGUUAUGGGUUCUACAAUGAAUGUUUGAGGAAGUACGGAAAUGCCAAUGUUUGGAAGCAUUUUACAGAUCUCUUUGAUUAUCUUCCUCUGACAGCCCUUAUUGAGAGCCAGGUUCCCCACGAAGGGCCAAUGUGCGAUCUUUUAUGGUCUGAUCCGGAUGAUCGUUGUGGUUGGGGAAUUUCUCCACGGGGGGCUGGGUACACUUUUGGACAGGAUAUAGCUGCUCAGUUCAACCACACCACCAAUGGUCUCUCUCUCAUUUCACGAGCUCACCAGCUUGUUAUGGAGGGAUUUAACUGGUGUCAGGUUUGUGAUCCAUAAUAAACCCUUAUUCUUUGU